AAGAGUCUGUUGUAAGACUCUGCUGAGCACUUCUCAGGCUUUAAAACACCAGCUGUGGAUAUCUAGGGCAAAAUCCGUUAAUGAAAAUUUGAUGAUGGACUAUUCAAGGCUGCUGAUGCUGCUGGUGGUUCUCAGCGUCAGAGGAACAUGGUGUGCAGUUGUGCAAUGGGCAGAGUUAAAUGAAGCAACGGCAUAUUUAAGGCAGUAUGGGUACCUGAAUGACCCGGCUGAUCCACAAGAUCCACAUUAUCUGGAGGAAGUCAUGGAAGCUCUCAGAGUCUUCCAGGGAGUGAAUGAUCUGCCACCUACUGGAGAGUUAGAUGAUGCUACCCUGGAGGUGAUAAGACAGCCACGCUGUGGAUUGCAGGAUCCUUUUAACAAGAAGUUUCACAAGUACAGAGUGAUGGGUCAUUGGAGAAAAAGGAGUCUGACCUACCGCAUCUACAACUACACACCUGACAUGAAGAAGUCACAAGUCACAGCUGCCAUCCGUUCUGCCUUCAAGUACUGGAGUGAUGUAACGGCUUUGACUUUCAGAGAAAUUGACUAUGGCAGAGCAGACAUAAGAAUCACUUUUCAUAAGAAAGAUGGCCUCUGUUCUGUCCCAUUUGAUGGCCGCGGUCACGUUCUGGCUCAUGCUGAGUCACCAGAAUCUGGUAUCGUCCACUUUGAUGAGGAUGAGUUCUGGACCGAGGGAUCAUAUUAUGGUACUAAUCUGCGUAUUGUAGCUGCCCAUGAGAUAGGUCAUGCCCUCGGUCUGGGCCACUCUCAGUUCAGAACUGCUCUGAUGGCACCAGUCUAUGCUGGUUACCGUGCCAACUUCAGGCUGCAUUCAGAUGAUGUGAAAGGCAUCCAGGCACUAUAUGGCAAACGCAUCACCAGCACUAUAGCAAGUCCAACAACUUCAGACAGUCUUCCUACAGACAACAGCUUUGGGACUGAGAACAUUCCUGAUCCCUGCACUGCUGUGCUGGAUGCCAUUAUGUUAGGUCCAUGGGAGAAGACCUUUGCUUUUAGUGGUGACUAUGUCUGGACUAUCUCUGACCUGGGCCAUAAUACACCAAUAAAAAUCAACAGACUGUGGAGGGAACUCCCUGGAAACCUGAAUGCCGCUGUGACCUCUCAAAGAACCAAGAAGACAUACUUCUUUAAAGGCAGUAAAGUUUGGAGGUAUACAAGGUUCACACUUGACUACGGCUACCCCAAACAGGUGCAAAGGAUCCCUGCAAACAUCGAUGCAGCCUUAUACCUGCAUAAGAACAAGAAGCUAGUCUUCAUUAAGGGUUCAGAGCACUGGCAGUUUGAUGAGCUGAUGUACACAGACCUAACUUUCUACCCCAAACCACUCAGCAUGCUCUUCUCCGGAGUGCCAUCCGCUCCUGACGCAGCCUUCACCUGGAACAAUGGAAAAAUCUUCUUCUUUAAGGGGGAUGAUUACUGGCGAGUGAAUGAGCUACUGAAAGUAGACACAGGAUACCCGUUGAGUAUGAAGGAGCGCUGGAUGCGAUGCUAGUGCUCAACCGUUAGGGGGCAGCAGGUACCCAGAGGUCUGAGGCUGCGAGCUCAUGCCAGGGGCAUUGACACACACCAACUUCAUUACAGUGAUUGGUUGUGAAUUAUUAGUGAUUAUAGAAAACUUUUUGAGAAAACUGACUAUUUUCACUGGAUCUGAUAACCAAGCUACCUUCCAGAGCAGGAAUUUUGUGAGACUGAACUCUUGUACUGUGUGACUCUCUUACAGCUGAAUGAUGAUCUUGUGGAGAAAUCAAAGCCUUCUGUUUUUUGUUUGACAUGUGUGUUGCAUUAUGUGUCGCAAUAGUCUCAAUAAGAUUUAAUAUAAUAGGAGUGUACACUUUCUCGUCAGUUUAACCAGCUUCUUACUAUGUCAAGUGGACACUUGUUAUAAAUCACAUAUAAAUCUGUGAGGCCAUGCAAUAUAGAUUUGGUCCUGAUUUCAGUUAGAACCAUAAUUUCUGAUUACAAAAUACUUUUUUACUACCUUCUUUGUCAAUUAAAGCAAACCAACCUGCAUUCAGACCAAAAGGACAGAAAAAUAUUUAACAUUCAGUGAUGAAAGACUUGUUUGUCCUGCAUUGUGCUGUCUGAAAAAAAAAAAAAAAAAACGUGGAGACACCAUGGCAACACCAACCAAUUGCAGAGAAGGAAAUCC